CCCCGUGCCCCUGUUAGUCCUACCUCACUGCCUUGUAUUUGCUGUUUGAGCCCUGUCCCGAGUCUGUCGCAGUGUGGCAUGACCUUUGCUGGCUUGCUGGCUCGGCUCCUUCUCAGCUUCAUCAAUGCGGGCACAACCCAGAGUGUUAGGAUGUUGGGGCGGGGGCGGGGCGGGUAGGGAUUUCGAGCCUCCCCACCCCACCUAAUUUUGGGAAGCGGAAAGGAGGGGAAGGCCCAUAUCGUUUGCUUUUCUCUUUGCGGAUGGGGCAAAGUUCGCAUCUUCCACGUGUCACUGCUCCAAAGGACUCAGUAAACACAUAGCGUUUGUAAACCACGGUACACUAACGUGAGUCAGGUGUUGUCGUGCAACUUCACAGGCGUCGUUCUUGCUAGUGUCGUGAAUUUUAAUGUCGCUAAAGUUUGACAACUCUAGUUCUAACACCCUGGUUUGAAGAAUCCUAGUUGGAGGGCAAGUGUCCAGAGGAUGGUUGGGAUGAAAGUACACUUGAACUCUUUCUACAUGAACUUGCAAUCAUGGAUAGCAACAAUUUCCUGGGCAACUGCGGUGUGGGAGAAAGGGAAGGAAGAGUAGCCUCUGCAUUAGUUGCUCGGCGACAUUACAGGUUCAUUCAUGGAAUUGGACGAUCGGGUGAUAUUUCUGCUGUGCAACCAAAAGCCGCAGGUUCUAGCCUUUUGAACAAAAUUACCAAUUCUUUGGUGCUGGACAUCAUAAAGUUGGCUGGUGUCCAUACAGUGACCAACUGCUUUGUAGUUCCUAUGGCAACUGGUAUGAGUCUAACCCUGUGUUUCUUAACAUUACGACACAAGAGACCAAAGGCAAAGUAUAUUAUAUGGCCACGAAUAGACCAGAAGUCCUGCUUUAAAUCCAUGAUCACUGCAGGUUUCGAGCCGGUGGUGAUAGAGAACAUUUUAGAAGGUGACGAGCUGCGCACAGACCUGAAAGCAGUGGAGGCUAAAGUCCAGGAACUUGGGCCUGAUUAUGUUCUGUGUGUUCAUUCCACUACAUCCUGUUUUGCUCCAAGGGUGCCUGAUAGAUUAGAAGAGCUGGCUGUGAUUUGUGCUAAUUACGGCAUUCCACAUAUAGUCAACAAUGCUUAUGGAGUGCAGUCUUCAAAGUGUAUGCAUCUCAUUCAGCAGGGUGCUCGAGUUGGUAGAAUAGAUGCUUUCGUUCAGAGUUUGGACAAAAAUUUUAUGGUUCCAGUAGGUGGCGCUAUAAUUGCUGGCUUUAAUGAUUCCUUCAUUCAGGAAAUCAGCAAGAUGUAUCCAGGAAGAGCUUCAGCUUCACCUUCUUUAGAUGUCCUUAUUACUUUAUUAUCACUUGGCUCAAAUGGCUAUAAGAAGCUAUUGAAAGAAAGAAAGGAAAUGUUUUCAUAUUUGUCCAACCAACUAAAGAAGCUAUCAGAAGCCUACAAUGAAAGACUGUUGCAUACACCUCACAAUCCCAUAUCUUUAGCCAUGACACUUAAAACGCUAGAUAAACACUGUGAUAGAGCUGUCACUCAGCUUGGCUCCAUGCUUUUUACCAGACAAGUUUCUGGAGCCAGGGUUGUGCCUCUCGGGUCUGUGCAAACUGUGAGUGGCUACACUUUCAGAGGCUUUAUGUCACAUACAAAUAAUUACCCUUGUGCUUACCUCAAUGCUGCAUCAGCCAUUGGAAUGAAGAUGCAGGAUGUGGACUUGUUCAUAAAGAGACUUGACAAGUGCUUAAAGACAGUAAGAAAAGAACAAGAUGAAGAGAGCAAGGUAUCUGGAGCUGACAAUUAUGACAAAACUGAAGGUGUGGAUAUUGAAAACAUGGCUUUAAAACUAGAUAAUGUACUUCUUGACACAUAUCAUGAUUCUUCUUGAUGACAUGUGAAGGGUUUCUUUUUGAUAAUUUGAAAUAAAUGAUGAGGCUACAGUAUAAGCUAGCAAUUUAACUGUGAGACUUCAGAUUUUUGAGUUGAGAAUUUUGUGGAGAAUAUUGGUCAAGGAAUAGAAUGUGGUCUGAGCUAGCUAUUGAUGAUGGUUACAUUUUUUCUUCUUAGACCGCCUCAGCCAUUACCAUCCUAAACAGAUUAUAAUAUACAAUUAGCAUUUUUCUAAUUGUUAAAUAUUUGCCAAUUAAGCACUAUGAUUCAGAUAAUUCUUACUAAUUUGGCAGUAAAAUUACACAUUACCUCUAACUGUCUUUGAAAUAUGUAGACUGCUUCCUUUGACUGUUCUCUGUCAUUCAUAAAUGGCUUAUGUUUCUGACCACACAGAAUUUAGAAGGAUCUCUAAUGCUAUUAAUUACUAGAUCUUUGUUGGUGUAUGUAAGUCACAGUAAGUCUUUAAAAUGGACAUUUCCCGGGAAUGCAGAGUCAAGGUGUAAGCUUUAAUUUCACUCAAUAGCAAUUCUUAACUGGGGAUGCUUUGCUUAUAUCUAGGCAACAUCUAGGGAUCUUUUUGAUUGUCAAAACUAGUGGGGUGCUGUUAACAUCUAGUGAGUGGAGGCCAGAGGUGCUGUUCAACAUCCUGCAAUGGACAAGACAGCUUCCCCAAACAAAGAUUUACCCAGCCCCACAUCUCAGUAGUGCGAGGCUGAGAAACACUGCUCUAAAGUAAACUCCACAAGGAAAGAGAAGUUUUCCAUAGCAAUUUUAGUCAUUCAGUCAUACUUCAAAGAAGAUCCCUUUAUAAAUUGUACCAACUAUACAGCAUACAGAUUCUUAAGUGAUAACUGAAGUUGCUGGUUCUAAACAUGUAAUUAUAAAUUGUUUAUGUGGCAUGUGUGCAUUUUUCCAUUUGGGAAAGUGAAAACUUUAUUCCAGUGUUUUUGCUUUAAGCAGUCUUUGUAUAUUCAGGUGUUUUGCACAGCCAUCAAGAGUGGCCAACAUGGGAAUUCUGAGCAUGUUUUUGCUGGGGAGGUAAAAAUGAUAAGUAUGAUGAACAGGUGUAUUCCCUUCUCAUUGCCCAUAUGCUUACUUUCUGAACCCCAAAUUCCAGACGUACUGGCCAUAACGAUUAUUUUUGUUGUUAAUUUUAAGAAAUAGAUUGAUGUCUCAUAGCCUAAGGAAUUAGUGAAGUUUCUGAAGGCACUGAACUGUCAAAGCUGUAAUUCUCAAGACAUGCUCUUGUGGAGCAUUUAUUCCUAAGAGCUGCUCUUGGAUAUAAAAAGUUCCGUGGACAAAUAUACUUUGGGCACUUUGCAGACCUGCCUAUUGGGCCUAUUAAAGGCACUAAGAAUUCCUUCUAAUCCAGUUUGAAAGUAUCCUUAUCCAAAGAUGGAACCGGUUUUUUAAAAAAUUAAAUGCUUUUUGACAUCCCAUUGAACAUACUUUUGAAGACACUGUGGUGGAGAAUGCCAUCUUGAUUUCUGGAUUGUGCUUUUUCUGUAUUGAUUUGGCAUCGUGAACUGUGUUAAACGUCAGCUCAGACAGCUGCCACUCCCACAAGUAAGUUAGACUAUUAGGCAGGAGCUUGGCAACCCUGGAAGUCUACCGUGUGGAGAUAAAGUACUUAAUUAUAAAUAUGGUAAAGGUUACUUUUAGAUGAUUGUAUCUUUGGGGUUCAGAUAUUUGAAGUAUCUGGGGUUUUUAAACAGCUAUAUACUUUCAGAAAAAGUAUAUCCUGGGUUAAAAAGUCGUAUAAGGUUUUUUUAUGUGAAUUUGGGACUGAACUGUAGCACCGAUAAAGCUGGAGUUGCUGUAGACCCUCUUGAGUCCGCGAAAGAGAAGGGAGGGCUUUUGCAGAUGUAGACGCUGGCAGUGCAGCGUGGCCCACCAAGCACAUCGGCCAAGACUGUUUGAUAGAACAAGUGAUCUGUAUUGUGCGAUCACCAUUUAGCUUAAGAGAGGCCAGAGCCAAGAGACUGGCAAAUGUUUUCUCAUCUGUAGUGUAUCAGCAGUUCUUGGGUUUCAGCUGCUGAAUAGAUAAUGAUUCUAAUUGAAGAUAAAUUACAUGAACCCACAUGUGAGUGAUAGAUAUGUUAUAACAUUUCAUUCCUGGUGCAUAAAAUCAGCUGCAGUUUUUAAUUAUCAGCCCUUUCUUUUAAGAGGUUUUGGAAUUCCAGUUCUGUUCCUACUGGUUUAAAUUUAACCUUGAGGUCAUAGAAGAAAGAGAAUUUCUGAGGAGAUGCUGUGGGUUCUGCAUAUUUAGACUUUCCUUUGUCCCUAACCCAGCGUCUUUUGACUUGCUGUCUCUCAUUUCCACAUAGCGGUAUAAAAAAGUCUGUGCAUACAGUUCCUUAACUUGCUAGCGACGAUUGGUAAGCCUUAGUUGUCCCCUCACUGUGGUCGAGGGGCAACAGAUGAUAUCUUUUGCAGUCACUCCCUGAGAUGACCUCUUCUAUAUGAUCCAGCUGCCUUUCUUAAGACUAUCAGGUAGCAUUUUGAAGUUUGGUUUUUAAAGUCAUUGGGCUGUGGUAGUCUGUCCAAAAAAGAAAGCUGAAGAACGUGAAAUAGUCUUUGGGUCCCUACCCCCAACGAGUUACUGAUACACACAGCAGGGAAAGGUAUUUUAAAUCUGAUUCUCAAUUUGGCUCUUAAUUUCUCUGCUGCCAAAUGCUCCCUCUACCAGAGAGUGAUAUGUGAUACUGGCCUUAGGAACUCUGUGUUCAACUAUAAAUCUUUUUAUUUAACUUUUUGCUUUAGUUGACAGCUUGACUGAAUAUGAAUUAUUGAAUACAGUUGUGCUCAGCCAAUAGGCCCUUGAUAAACAGAAUGGUAAGUUUAAAUAUAAAUACAAAAUAAAUUUUUUCUAACACUUUGCCCUUUAACUACCAUAAGAAGAACUGUCAUUGAAGCCUAAGCUCCAGGAUGUGCUUUUAUUUUUACACUAUAUGGCUGUGAUAGGUUUUAGUAAAAUUAAAAUUAAACAGAUAAUUUUUUAGCCAGUGCUGUUUUUUUAAUACUGAAUUAGUAAGCCAUUGUGAGCUAAAUUCUUGUGUUCUUUCGUAGAAGAAAAUAGCCGACCAUUAACAAUAGCAGCAAAACCUGAUGAGUCUCAUUGAGUAUACACUCAGAAAAUGUUUUGAAUACUUAUCCAUUUUGGUGCAAAUAAAAGUUGGGUUUUCUGUCCCCCACUAUCUAAGAUGUACUAAUUUCCACCAAGCCUUAAACAGGUUUGUCAUGUUUUGCAUUCAUGAAGCUGACCGUAUUUUGUAACUAAGUUUGUAUACACAGAAGUGUGAUCAUUUCAGAAGUUUGGUACCCUCUGAAUGAUCUGAUAAAAACAAUUGAAUGUACAGUUAACAGUAAACAGCAUUCCUGUAAACAGUUUUUGUCCUUGCCCUUCACAUUGUGUUGAUCAUUUGUUACUUACAGCCACCCUUACUGUGCAGGUCUAAGACUUAGCCACUGCAUCUUUUUGUGCCUUCCUUUGACUUUCUUUUUGGCCGUUAGCACAGGUACCCAUAUAAGAUGCUGAGGUCAAGGCUAAUGAAUAUGUCUUUAUAGUAUCUCACCUAAUGUUCUACAAUUCAGUCUGAGGCCUUAAGCAAAAUCUGAAAAUGUUUAUAUGGUCUUGUUUUUAUCAAGUUGUGUCAACUUGGACUUUUAGAGAAAUGUGAAGAAAGUCUAUAUUUAAAUGUAUAAUUGUGGAGGAUUUUAGCUCUUAGAAUUGAAACCGAUGUCAGCCUGCUAACCUAUAUGUUUUAUCAAAAGAAAGAGAUGCUUCCAAAAAUAUUUUUGGUGUAGGGUAUUUAAAAUAAAGCUGAAUUGUGUAAUUUAUUAUGUGAAAUAAAUUUGUAAUGAAUCAUUGACAGUACAUUGUUAUUUUACCUAAUGAUUGCUGCAGAUAGUCUGAAGGUACAGAUAACUAACGGACUAAAUUACUUGUCCAUUUUUUGAUUCCAUCAUCAAUAUCAACUUGCUUAGAAAUCAGCAAGAAAAGGUGUACUUUAUGAGAAUCAUGAGUCAUGGGAGCAGAGGCUGUAAUAUUUAAAAGAAAAGAAAGCCAGAAUUCUGUUGUGGUACAGUCAGAAACAAAUCUCACUCGUAUUCAUAAGGAUGCAGGUUCCAUCUCUGGCCUUGUUCAGUGCGUGAAGGAUCUAGGGUUGCCAUGAGCUGUGAUGUAGGUCGCAGACGUGGCUCAGAUCCUGUGUAGCUGUGGUGCAGGCCGGCAGCUGUAGCUCUCAUCGACCCCUAGCCUGGGAGCUUCCGUAUGUCACAGGUGCAGCCCUAAAAAGAAAAAAAAGAAAAAAAAACAACAACAAAGAAUUUAUUGACUAUAGAAAGUUGGGGGCUUAGAGAUAUUUAAUCUUUUCUAAAA